UGCACAUGGAUUCCGAACAGCAAAGCCUGUUCCCUCCUGCUAAAACUUUAGCAUUAAGUUUAUGAUUUAAUUCUAAAAAGUACUGCGGAUCCUCGAGGUGAGGUGGGAUUAUUGCAUUUGGAGACGUGACAUUUAUCUUCACCGACCUAAACAUAGAAAGGCAACGAUUGAUUGUUUGUAAACAACAGUGAUGGAGAAGCCAUUGGUUCAGACGCAGGCGUCCACGCUACCUUUCUUCGACACGGCCCACGCCUUCAACUUGCUGCGAGGGAUUCACGAGCUUCGCGCCGAGCGCAAGUUCUUCGACGUGACGCUAUGCGCCGAGGGCCAAGAGUUCCACUGCCACCGGACGGUCCUGGCCGCCGCCAGCACCUACUUCCGCGCCAUGUUUGCCGGAACGCUCCGAGAGAGCGCCAUGGACCGCGUGGAACUCUACGAGGUCUCGGCGGAACUCCUGGGCCUGUUGAUCGAGUUCUGCUACACGGGACGUGUCACGGUGACGCAGGACAACGUGGACCUGCUUUUGAAGACCGCAGACCUGUUCCAGUUCCCGUCCGUCAAGGAGGCCUGCUGUGCCUUUCUGGAGCAGAACCUGGACGUGUCCAACUGUCUGGAGAUCCAGGACUUCGCAGAGGCCUACGCCUGCAGGGACCUGGCCACCAGCGCCCGGCGCUUCGUCCUCAAGAACAUCGUGGACCUGGCCAAGGGGAAGGAGUUUGAGAAGCUGCCAUGGAAACGGCUGCUGGAGUACAUGUCGGAUGACAGCCUGUGCGUAGACAAGGAGGAGACGGCCUACCAGAUAGCGGUCAAGUGGGUCAAGUCAGACAUGCAGAGGCGUCUACACUACUGGCCCGAGCUCUUACAGCAGGUGAGGCUGCCCUUCAUGCGUCGCUUCUACCUGCUGGCCCACGUGGAGAGUGACCCGCUGGUGUACCUGUCGCACGCGUGUCUGCGUCUGAUCAGCGAGGCGCGCAGCUUCCAGUCCUGCGAGUACGACCGGCACGACUGGCCGUGCCACCGCAUGCACCCGCGGCCCUCCACCGGGCUGGCGGAGAUCCUGGUGGUGGUCGGAGGCUGCGACCAGGAGUGUGACGAGCUGGUGACCGUGGACUGCUACAACCCCCAGACGGGACAGUGGAGAUACCUGGCGGAGUUCCCCGACCACCUGGGGGGCGGAUACAGCAUGGCCGCGCUGGGCAACGACAUCUACGUCACAGGUGGUUCGGACGGCUCGCGGCUGUACGACGGCGUGUGGCGCUACAACUCGAGCGUUAACGAGUGGACGGAGGCGUCUCCCAUGCUGAAGCCGCGCGAGUACCACAGCUCCUGCGUGCUGAGGGGACAGCUGUACGUGGUGGCGUCCGACAGCACGGAGCGCUACGACCACGCGGUGGACUGCUGGGAGGCCCUGGCACCCAUGCUGCACCCCAUGGACAACUGCUCCACCACCGCCUGCCGAGGGAAGCUCUACGCCAUCGGCUCCCUCACCGAACAGGACACCAUGGCCAUACAGUGCUACGACACCGAGACCGACCGCUGGUCGCUCCUCAACUGUGGCCAGCUGCCGCCGUGGUCGUUUGCGCCAAAGACGGUCACGCUCAAUGGUCUCAUCUAUUUCGUCAGGGAUGACUCUGCGGAGGUGGACGUCUACAAUCCUGUGAAGAAUGAAUGGGGUAAAAUCGACAACAUGACCCAGGUUCACGUGGGGGGCAGCGUGGCUGCCUUGGGGGGCCGCCUGUACGUGUCGGGCGGCUACGACAGCACCUUCGAGCUGUCCGACGUGGUGGAGGCCUACAGCCCCGAGACGCAGACGUGGAGCAUCAUGGGAAGGCUGCCGCAGCCCAUGUUCUGGCACGGCAGCGUGUCCAUCUUCCGCCAGUUCAUGCCCCAGGCCCAGACCGGCUUCCAGCCUCUCGAGACGCCCGAGGUCAACCUCCACCUCCACCGGUUACACCGCCAUCAUCACCAUCACCACCACCACCAUCACGCUAUCCACAACCACAAUCAUAAUCAUAAUCGCAAUCAACUCAAUGACAACCAGGAUCCGAGGAACCAGGAGCAGCCGGAUCAGGAUCAGGUUCAGGUCCAGGUGGAGCCGGCACUCUGACACCGACUGGGCUGAACCAGUGGAGAUCUUCAGCUAUGUAUUUAUAUGUCUGUGUAUGUUGUAUUUAUUUUUUGGAUUUGUGUGUGCAGUAUGCUGAACCAUCAGCCGUGAAGUGGACUUACUUAGGAAAGCAAAAAUGUGUGAAUGCGUUUUUGUGUUUCUUUUUGCAUGCUGUAGUGUAAUGGUAAUGUACCGGUAAUAGUAUGAUUUUUUUUCAGUUUCAUGUAAAGCUGCAAAUAAUGGCUUUUUCAAUUCGAAAAGCUUAGAUUUGCAAAAAGCUUAGAUUACCUCAUGGUGUCGGAAUGAUUCAUUAAAUCUAAGGAUUAACAUAUGCUUGGAGCACUUCGAGUCGAAUGAUCUCAGCGAUUACGAGAAGGCUGUGGAACUCUUUAACUACGUAUACAUCUGGAAGCCUCACAGGGCACCGCCAACAUGAACUCACCGAAAUCCGUGAAAUGAGCAGCGGUUCUUUUGGGAAACAAAAUCUCUGGCACUUUUACGGAUGUUGCCAGAAUUCCGUGAUGGGGUCUCGUCUCGGAAGUGCUUGCAUGAAAAUAUUGAAAGCACUUCCUUGACCCCAUCACGGAAAUUUGGCAAAAUCUGUGGAACUGCCACAGAUUUUGUGUCCAGAAGGAGCUGUGCUCAUUUCACGGAAUUCUGUGAGAGCAGGUUGUGCUCUGCAGUGGCAAUACUGUCUGUUCUGCCCGAGACCGCAGACAGUCAGACAGUCUUUGCAGUGUGUACUGUCUAUCAGUACACACUUCGGCAUUUCUAUGAAUAAAAUGUUUACCUAGUCAUUAGUAGAGCACACAAAUAAUGCAGAAGUGUGUGAGACUCUGCUGGCAGUCCUCGACGAUGUAACACUGACCUGAGUUGUCCCAUUGUUAAAGUGAACAACACGGAGACAAUGAGACAUGACCUUAAUUUGAGACUGACGUUAAUUGUCCAAUUGUUUUUUCUUUCUUUCGGUAUAACUUUUUUUACGGUACAAAGCAAAAGUGUUUGUGACUUGUCUGUUAUUUGUAGCUUUACGGUAUGAUUUAUCCACCAACAGAUGGGGGGGAAAGCAGAGUGUUUUUUAGUAGUGUAUACCAAGUAGUGUAUACCAAGUAGUGUAUGCCAUUAACCAAACAAUUGGAAUUGAUUUUGAAAAAUCCCAAUUAAAUCUUCACACUCCCUACCUACACUCCUACACUUAGUUGUUGUUACAUAUCACUGACAUAUUUUCAGUUUUGAUUUACCCCCUUACAUUCCGAAAAAGCUACAGCAUUGGCUAUGUUCCAUUUGGUAAAUUACACGUGAAUAUGGAUACUUUGAUCUGGGGCCUAUACUAAGAAGCUAGUUCAGGAGUAAACUAGGUUAAGUGAAGAGUUAAAUCAUCUAAAAAAACAGAGCCUUGAGUCCUCAUUUUCUUCUCCAGGCUCUUGUAUUAGAUAAUUCACCUCUUAACUUACUCUGAUUUACUCCUGAACCAGCUUCUUAGUAUAGGCCUCUGCUUGGCUUACAUUGCCAGUCGAGGCUGAAGGGUGCUUGAAGGCUUUGGCCAGGUUUGAUGUGACAUUUGACUGGACUAUUUAACUCGUUGAAGUGUUUCUUUGUCCAAAACAUAUCUAGACAAUCAACAUAAACCAGUUGAUAUGGUUUAUCAGUCGAGAGAGAGAGAGAGAGAGGGUGUGCUGUUUUUUGUUUACAUUAUAUAGUAAAUAUGUGAAUGGCAGGUAGACCUACGGGUCUACUGUUGAAAUGCUGGCUAUCAUUGUAGUUUUGCUAGCAUUGUAGUAGACCUACGGGUCUAUUGUUGAAAUGCUGGCUAUCAUUGUGCAUUACCACUUUUAUUUAUGAAAAAAGUGUUUUUCUGAACUUAAAAGUUAGUUUUUAUUAUUAAGCUAGUUUACUUAAUGGUGUUACAACCUGAUAAGUCUUUAUUUAAGUUCUGAUAAGUUUUUAUUUACAUUUUAUUCUGUGUAUCAUUGUCUAAAGUGACUCAUGGAACGGACUUACAACAAUGUGCAGUGUGCAGUACAGUGUGGACCUUUUAUAGUUGAUUUAAUGUGAUCAACAUAAAAGCAUCCAUGCAGGCAGGCUGUUAUUUCAACUAAGUGGUUCCAUUGCAGCACUUUGACAUUUAUGAUAUUUCUUUUCUAUUGAAUGUGAUUACAUGGUUAACGAAAACGGUUACUCCAUAGUUCAAUAAUGUGUGAUUACUGGUUUUGAAUAAUCUGACUCCUUGUUUUUAUAUAAAUUGUGGAUUUAUUCAUACAGUUUAAAGGUGUGAUUUUGUGCCAUCCAUUGGUCCUGUUGUGGAAUUGCAAUCAUUUGAAGGUGGUGUUGUCAGAUGUGUGCUAAUUAUCGUAUUCGUACUAUACUUUUAUCCAUUUUGU